AUGCAGGUGAGGGCUACAAUGCGGUUGUCGGUGUCCACCGUCCUGCUACUGGGAGCCUUGUUGGACUUGUUCGACCAUGCGCAGGCGCGUAUCUGUCCUAGCCGCAACUGUAGUGAUGACGCGUGUGCCCGGGCAGUAACAGCAAUGGAUGGAGGGCUCUCGCUGGCGGUCAAGCAGGCCGACCACUCUUCCUUUUUCCUCUUUACCAUCAUACCAGCAGCUACGACAGAUGUGCUUACUGUGACAGCAGCAGCCAAGUCCGUAUUCCUCACGCAAUUUGUCGGCUUGAAUCUCACUACACUCCUGCCCACCCUCACCGUCACCAGUACUCUCCUUGCCACACAGAAAACUAUCUUGGAGGCGGUUAUCGUCACUAAGUUGUUCCAGGACACGCUGCCGAACACAUUGCCGGCUAUAACUGUCACAGACAUCCUCUUCAACACACAAACGACCACGCUGCCCAUAGCCACAAUCACUAAUCUCCUCUUCUUGACCCUCACCACGCAGUUGCUGGCGGUGACUCUCGACAAGGUCCUUUUACUGACUAGUCUCGUCAUGUUGCCGCAACUUACGGCGACUGACGCUAUCAUCAUGCUGACCAACAUCGUGGGGGUUACUAGUCUACUCACGGUAACGCUUCCCCCCAUCAUCGAGACUCUGGAACAGAUCAAUACGAUACAGCUGGCGCUGUCUGAGGUUACGAAUCUUAUCAAUGAGAUUGAUAGUAUUACCUUGCUAGUGCUGACCCAGACCAGCCUCGUCGAGCAGAUACUGACCCAGAUAUUGCCACCGGUCACCAUCACCAACAUCGUUGGCGAGCACCACGACAGUCUCCGCAUCGACGGUGACCUCGACAUCCACCGUCUCGGCGUCGACUCUCACUAUCCCUCUGACGCUGACGACGACGGGCGGGCUGACGGUGGCGGCGCCGAUCGUCACGGAGCUGCUCACCUUGACCAUGCUGUAGACGCUGGAGCCUCAGACCCUGGUGUACAGCCUGUUUCCGACCAUGAACGACAUGGUGCAGCCGAGCAGCAUACUUGUGUAGCUUACCUCGCUCGACCUGGAGACGCUUGUACCGCCUGCGCUCACCGAGACGCAGUUCCUGACGGCGGUGGAGACGCUCCUGCCGGAGACGCUCACUAACCUGCUUACGGUGGUCGACCUGCAGACCGUCUCGCUGCCCGACAUGACGCAGACGGC